AUGAUUUUGGAGCCUACCACUCAGGCUGCCCCCGUCCGCGCUUGCUCUAAAGCCCGCGCCUCCGUCGACUCCCCAGUGCAAGGCAGAGAUGGGACUGAAUCCACGUUUGUCCGACUUCAGCGCCUGGAUUCAAACCACUUCACUCCCACAUCUCCGGGGAAUCCAACCAACUGUGCUCUACUUCAGUCCGGGAAACUGGGUCAGGCUACAAAAUCAAUCACUAUAGAAACCGUGCAUCUAAAUUUCAAAAGUGCGUGCCACCACCCCACGGAAGAUUCGAUGGACAUGGACAUGAGGCCCCUGAGGCCCCAGAACUAUCUUUUCAGUUGUGAACUAAAGGCCGACAAAGGUUAUCACUUUAAAGUGGAUAAUGAUGAAAAUGAGCACCAAUUAUCUUUAAGAACGGUCAGUUUAGGGGCUGGUGCAAAGGAUGAAUUGCACAUUGUUGAAGCAGAGGCAAUGAAUUAUGAAGGCAGUCCCAUUAAAGUAACACUGGCAACUUUGAAAAUGUCUGUACAGCCAACGGUUUCCCUUGGGGGCUUUGAAAUAACACCACCUGUGGACUUACGGUUGAAGUGUGGUUCAGGGCCUGUGCAUAUUAGUGGACAGCACUUAGUAGCUGUAGAGGAAGAUGCAGAGUCAGACGAUGACGAGGAGGAGGAUAUGAAACUCCUAAGUAUAUCUGGAAAGCGCUCUGCCCCUGGAAGUGGUAGCAAGAUUCCACAGAAAAAAGUAAAACUUGCUGCUGAUGAAGAUGACGACGAUGAUGAUGAUGAUGAUGAUGACGACAAAGAUGAUGAUGAUGAUGAGUUUGACGAUGAGGAAGCUGCAGAAGAAGCUCCUAUAAAGAACUCUGUUCGAGAUACUCCAGCCAAAAAUGCACAAAAAUCAAACCAGAAUGGAAAAGACUCAAAACCAUCAACACCAAGAUCAAAAGGUCAAGAAUCCUUCAAAAAACAGGGAAAAACUCCUAAAACACCAAAAGGGCCUAGUUCUGUAGAAGACAUUAAAGCAAAAAUGCAAGCAAGUAUAGAAAAAGCACAUUGAACAAUCCUGGGCACUACUGGUAAAUUAAGCCCAAAGAUGGGGAGAGAGGAAAAAGGAGAGACAAAUAGAGUCUAUACUGAGUGUCAUCAACAAUCCAGACUGAAGUCUUCUAUUUUCGUCUCAAUCCCCUUUCCUGAUUUGCCACCCACCC